GGCGGGCUCCGGGGCGCCCGUGCGGACUAGGGUGGUCACACCCAGGUGUGUGAGUGACGUAGACCGCGAGUAGGAGCGGCUGGUACGGCCGGCCUCCUGUGGGCCUCCCGCCCUCCGCCCACGCUGCCUGGCUUCCGGCCGCUCUUCCCUCGGCGCCCGUCUCCGUGCGCUCCGCUUCCUUCUCCGUCCCUCCGCCUCUUGUGCAGUCCCUGUGGCCUCCCUCGUGGCGCGUGGGCCGAGGCCCCGGCGCUGGACUUCCCCUGGGUCCAGAAGCCCCGGGCCCGGAGCGCCUGCAGGCCAGGGCCGAUCCCGAGAGUCAGGGUGACUUGCAACCGCCUGCCGGGACACGAUGUUUGCACGAGGGCUGAAGAGGAAAUAUGGUGACCAAGAGGAAGGCACGGAGAGCUUUGGCACUGUGCCUUCCUAUAGCCUGCAGCGGCAGUCUCUCCUGGACAUGUCCCUUGUCAAACUCCAGCUCUGCCACAUGCUGGUGGAGCCCAAUCUCUGUCGCUCAGUCCUCAUUGCCAACACAGUGCGGCAGAUCCAGGAGGAGAUGAGCCGGGACGGCAUGUGGCACGGGAUGGCACCCCAGAAUGCAGAACGGGCACCAUUUGACCGCCUGGUGUCUACAGAGAUCCUGUGUCGCACAGCAAAGGGGCCUGAGGGGGUGCACUCCACUCCCGAACUGGAAGAUGGCCCCUUGCAGGGAGCAGCUUCUGAAUUUCCUAUGGUCAGCUCAGCACAGGGGCCGAGGAACCCUCAGAGCAGUCUUUGGGAGAUGGACAGCCCUCAAGAAAACAAGGGGAACUUUCAGAAGUCCCUGGACCAGAUAUUUGAGACCCUGGAGAACAAAAACCCCAGUUCUGUGGAGGAGCUUUUCUCAGAUGUGGACAGUUCCUACUACGACCUGGACACAGUGCUGACAGGUAUGAUGAGCGGCAGCAAGCCGGGCCUCUGCAGCGGGCUGGAGGGCUUUGCUGCAGCCACCCCGUCUCCCGGUACCACCUGCAAGUCUGACCUGGCUGAGCUGGACCAUGUGGUAGAGAUUUUGGUGGAGACCUGAUGGAAGGCCCUUGAUGGGAAGCCCUUGAUGGGAAGCCCUUGAUGGGCCAGUGA